AUGGCUCGGAGAACCCAGCUUCUGUUCGCGGGUUUCUCGAUUCUUACUCUGGUUUACCUAUUCUGCCACAAUCCCUACGCCUACAUUUCCAGCACAUCGCACUCUCAGCAACCUCCACCUUCCCUCCCACCAGCCAAUUCUACCCUCGGCUUUGGUGCUAUCCUUGCGGUAUCACACUCCAGCUCACCACGACGACCCAGCCUACUAUGGGCUGCCAACCUAACAGAUAUCGAGAUUGUGAUUCCUCGGCAGAAGGAGUGGGGUGUGGGUGAUGUCGAGAAGCUGAAGACGAAGGAAGGUAGUAGUCUAAGCACUGGAAGUGCGAAAGCCUGGAUGGGACAUUUGGAGGCUUUGAGAUGGUUCCUCGCCUCAAGCCACGAGACAGUUCUCAUCAUCGAAGACGACACUGAUUUCGACAUCUUUAUCCGGCAAUCCCAGGUCCCACUCCUGGCAUCCGCUGUCCGCUCUUUGCUCGACAAGGGUGUCACUGACGACUCAUCAUCAUCAUACUGGGCUUCAACCACCAGCUGGGACCUCCUCUACCCCGGCCACUGCGACGACUUGAUCUCCACGGCCUACCUCUCCCAGCCUUCCCUCCUGUACCGCGACCCCACCGGAACCGGAAGGUGGCAGUUCGGCAUACGAUGUUGCUCUAUUGAGCGCGUGUAG